AUGAUCGUCGAUUCGGAAUGUAGUUUAAGAGCGAAAGAAUUUAUUUGUUCAAUUUUAGAACCCGAAUGUCAACCUGAAGGACAAAGAAUAAUGCCGCCAUGUAAAUUAAAUUGCAAAGUUUUCUCUGACGAUUGUAAAGAUUACAUAAUAAAUAGUUUGCCAUUAUCGAAUGUUUUCGAUUGUAAUCAAUAUCCAGAUUGGCAAGAGGGUGAAGAAUGCGUUAAUUUUUCCAAAGAUAAUUGUCACGAGGAUGAAGAAUUUCGAUGUUUGGACGGUACCUGUAUUCCAUUGAAAUGGGUAUGCGAUGGAGUACACGAUUGUCCAGGUACGAUACCAAGCCACGAUGAAAACAUUUGUCAAGGAUGUUCAGAGAAUGACGAAUUCAAAUGCAUCAUGGAUGGUAAAUGCAUACCAAUGGCAUGGAAAUGUGAUGGAGAAAUAGACUGCAUUGAUCAUUCAGAUGAAACAUCCUGCAAAUUAAAUUCAACAUCAAUAGGUAGAUAA